GGCGGGGCCAGCGCCGCCCGGGCUCCCGCCACCAGCUGUCGCCGACAUGGAGCCCGUGGCCAGCAGCAUCCAGGUCCUGUUGCAGGCGGCCGAGUUCCUGGAGCGCCGCGAGAGAGAGGCGGAGCACGGCUACGCGUCCCUGUGCCCGCAGCGCAGCCCCGGCCCCGGCCACGGGAGGAGGAAGCGGCCGCCGCAGGCUCCCGGCGCGCUGGACGGCGGGCGGUCUGUGCACAAUGAACUGGAGAAACGCAGGAGGGCCCAGCUGAAGCAGUGUCUCGAGCAGCUAAAGCAGCAGAUGCCUCUGGGGGCCGACUGUGUGCGGUUCACCACGCUGAGCCUGCUGCGCCGCGCCAGGAUGCACAUCCAGAAGCUGGAGGAGCAGGAGCAGCGCGCGCGGCGGCUCAAGGAGCAGCUGCGCAGCCGGCAGCAGAGCCUGCGGCGGCGGCUGGAGCAGCUGCGCGGCCCGGCCGGCCCCGGGGAGCGGGAGCGGGAGCGGCUGCGGGCCGACAGCCUGGACUCCUCCGGCCUCUCCUCGGAGCGCUCGGACUCUGAUCAGGAGGAUCUGGAGGUGGACGUGGAGAGCCUGGUGUUCGGGGGUGAGGCCGAGCUGCUGCGGGGCUUCAGCGCGGGCCAGGAGCACAGCUACUCACACAGGGCGGGCGCCUGGCUCUGACGCGGCCCCCGCCCGCCGCCCGCCCCGCAUCCACAGCCUCCCCCGCCGCCCCG